AUGCUGUCUGCUGCUCUCUGUAUCUCAGACUGGAGGUGGGCGGAGUGUCAUCCACUGACAGAUGUUGAUUUUGAGGUGCUGAAGCCUCGCUCACCCUCCCGUCCGGCUGGCAUGUCCCUUCCGUCUUUCAGUUCUUCCUGGACCAGCCCCAUUUCCCAGAGAGACCCGAGCUCUGGCAGCAGUGAGGGUCACAGAUGGACCCCGGGGGGAUGUAAUGCAGCCAGCAAUGAGCCUCAGGUGGAGGCUUUGCACCGAAAGGUGGUGUCCUGGUUUGGGGACCAUCCCUCAGCUCCUUUUGGGGUCCACCAGUUGGUGGAGCUGGGAAAGGAGUCUGGGAAGAGGGCAGGGGACUGGUACGGCCCGUCCGUAGUGGCACAUAUGCUAAGAAAAGCAGUGGCUAGAUCCACUGAGUUUCACAACCUUGCUGUAUACGUGGCACAGGACUGCACGGUGUAUAAAGGAGAUAUCAUGAGGUUGUGUGAGCUGUCCGAGUCUGCUGGCACAGGCUGGAAAUCUGUCAUCAUUCUAGUGCCAGUACGGCUCGGAGGAGAAUCAUUAAACCCCUCCUACAUUGAGUGCGUUAAGAACAUUCUCAAGUUAAAAUGCUGUAUAGGAAUUAUUGGAGGAAAACCCAAGCAUUCCCUGUUUUUUAUUGGUUUUCAAGACGAGCAGCUAUUGUAUCUCGACCCACACUACUGUCAGCCAGUGGUGGACGUCACCCAAGGCAACUUCUCUCUGGAGUCUUUUCACUGUAACUCACCCAGGAAGAUGAGCUUUAGUCGUAUGGAUCCCAGCUGCACCAUCGGGUUCUACGCGCAGACUAAGAAAGACUUUGAGUGUUUGUGUUCAGCGGUCAGUGAAGCUUUGUCAUCCCCUAAAGAGAAGUAUCCCAUCUUUACAUUUGUAGAGGGCAGGGGACAGAACUAUGGAAUGGAGGGGCAGAGCGGGGGGUCCAUGGAUGGUCCUGCAAACAUUUUCUCAUGCAACAGAAUGAGCAGGAACAGUAAGAGAGGAAGCACAGAUGAGUUUGUGCUCCUGUGA